AUGCUGCCUGUCGUAUUGGUGUUACUUGUUGCUACUAGCGCACUAGCUGCCCCUGGUGCCUACUUAAACAUCAUAUCGAUCGAUGAAGCGAUUCCACCAAAGGAUAGCGGCAGAGGGGUCUCCGCUUUCAGAAUUGACCAAGCCACUGAAAUCAGCAAUGAAGGAGAAAUUAGCGCAUACCUGCUGACCUUCGCACAGACCACCAAGGACCUCGGCAAUGAUGCUGACAGAGUCAGCCAGGCUUUAGCCGCCGCCCAAACCAUUGCUUACCUCGGCACAGUCUCUUCAGGUGUUCCUGGUGACGCUUGUGCUCCAGCUGACUUGAUCAACACCGUCGUGUCUGCUUCCCGCUCCGGCAACAACCAAGCUGUCCGCUCAGCCACCGCCAAGUUCGUCAGCUACUUGAGCUCCCUCAUCGACAACAUCGUUGAGCUGUCUGUCAACCCUGAAUCCGUGCGCUUCGCAGUUGGACCUCGUGGUAACUGCGCUGCUGGCGGCAGAAACUACCAAUUCGAAGCAGCCUGGGACUCCAUCCUUGCCUCCGCCCCAGCUUCAUCUACCCAUUUGGUGAACGAACAAUACUGCGCAGCUAAGCGUUUGUUCAAGGGCUUCAGUGUGGUCAGCAACAACGCUGGUGCUCUCCUCACAGCAGUAUCCCUGCCAUCCGUCAACCAAGCCUUCCAGAACGUGCUUCCACAGGCAGCUAACUUCUUGGCAGCUCUUCCCUCAGGCAACGCUGCAUCAGCUGCUUCAGCUCUCAAGCAAGCUCUUUACAACUCCGUUUAA